GUAUAACACAACCAAACAGUCAAACAGAUACCAAUCAGUACAUGGCGUUGUUGUUUAACGACUGUUUUGUUAUUUUUUUUCAACGCGAUGUCGUCACUCAUCACGUGUUAAAAUCCAUAGAAAAUGUAUUGAACGUCUAAAGAACUAAAUCCACAAACAUAUUAUUUUUAUUAGAUAUGAUAAUUGGUUAUCUAGUUUUAUAUUUGCGCCAGUAAAAAUGAUCUGCAGUUUGUUUAUCAAAUUCUGGGCAAUUUUUUUAUUGACGUUCAACUUUCAUGCAGUCGCAGAAUAUAACAAUACUACAAAGACACUUCAUCAUAAUAAACAUUAUCGUUUCAAUUCUUUAAGAUUAAUUCAUGCAAUAUUUAGACAUGGAGAAAGAACGCCGGCCGAUACAUACCCAACUGAUCCUUAUGUUAAUUACAAGUGGGAACCAUAUGGAUGGGGGCAAUUAACAAAUAUCGGUAAACGCAAUCAAUAUGAAAUCGGGAGAUUUAUUCGAAAAAGGUACAGUGGAUUUUUAGAUUUGUUGUAUUCUCCGGAUAAAGUAACAUUUUGGAGUACCGAUGUUGAUAGGACUAAAAUGAGCGCUCAACUUGUUGCAGCAGCUUUGUAUAAGCCGAUCGGAAAUCAAAAAUGGAAUAAACAUCUCGAAUGGCAACCUAUUCCUAUUCACACUGAAAAGUUAAACAAUGACCAACUAUUAUUGGUUCGAAAAUCGUGUCCAAGAUAUUACGAAGAGAGACAAGCUAUAAUGAAUUUAUCAUCAAUUCAGCGAGAACUGCUUAGUUAUCAAAACAUUUAUGACUACUUGACUGAAAAUACAGGAAUGAAAGUGCAAGAUCCUGAUGAUGUUCAAUCUAUUUAUAGUACGUUAAAAGCGGAAUCGGAUUAUGGCCUUGAACUACCUCCAUGGACAUCUAAGGUUUAUCCCAGUCAACUGGCACAAAUCACUUCUAGAAGUUUUAUACUUAACGCGUUCAAUGAUCAAAUGAAAAAAAUUAAAGGAGGUCCGUUGCUUAAAAAAAUUUUAGAAGAUAGUAAAACCAAAAUGAUUAAUAAUUCAAUUAAUCAACUAUACGUUUACGCUGGUCAUGAUUCGACCUUGUCCAAUCUUUUAAUAGCAUUAGGAGUGUGGGAAGAACAAAUUCCAACGUAUAAUAUGUUAGCUUUACUAGAACUCCAUGAGACCUCAAAAGGAAAAUUUUACUUUAAGGUUCUAUUACGAAAUAACACACAAAUGAAACCUUAUAAAUUGUCUAUAUUGGGCUGCAAAGGAUCUGGUUGUACUUUUAAAUACGUCGAAUCAAUAACGAAACAUGUAAUACCAGUUGAUUUAGACGAAGAAUGUAAAUGUACGACACAGCAUUGUUUAAAUUUAAAAAUCAAAGAAGCCGGGCCUUAAAUAAUUUGACUUGGAAAAAAACUUAGUUCUAAGGAUUUAAGAUUUUCAACUAAUGAGUUGUUCGGUUUUGUCCAUCAUUAGUUAGAUAAUACUAAUGUAUAGACAGUUUGUAUGCUACUGAUCACGUGCUCAGUAAAUUUUAAUCUGUGGCUUUGAAAUCUUACAUUUUUAAUUAUAUUUUUCUAUGCAUAAGUUGCACUAUAUAAACACAUUAAAAAUUUGACUUUUAAAUGAAUUGUUUGAAUUUUACUUCUAUACUUUAAAUAAUAAUUCAUAUGUACCUUAAUUGCUGUCAAAAGAGUUGAGCUCAAUAUUCUCAAAAAAUUAAUUAUAAAUUAUAUUUUUA